UUUUUUGGAACUGAGGGAAUUUGUCCUAAAUAGAUUUUUUUUUUUAUUUAUAAAAAAAAAGAGAGAAACAACAACCGUCCGUUUCAAACGCUUCCAGCUACACACUUGACUCCCUUGUUACGACUUCGCCACAGAUUCCUCCAAAUCCACUCCAAUGGCGGAUCCAUCUCCUCAAAGCCCUACCCUUUCCACUUCCCCUCCUCCUCCUACUCCUCCUGCCCUUCAAUCACAAACCUCUGAACCACCACCUUGCUCCGUCUUUCCUCUUCUCAAGAGCCUGAAUAGACCGAAACUCCGCUUCACAUCUGAAUUCGACAGUGACAGUCUCCUCUUCUUCAACAAAGUGUCUUGUAAGAUCUUUGAUAACCUCGCCAAGCUCAAGCUAUCGUUUCAGAACAACGCUCAGCGGGAGGUUUCUCAGCCUCAGGUCUCUUUCACUUCCAAAUACGUCUCUGUUCUCUACGAUGUCGAGGAGAAGAACACUUUUGUUAAGAGCAGUGUUGAUGUUUCUCCGCGUCUUCAGCUGAGAGCUCUUCAUAAUGUCAAGGCGCAACAAGGAGAGGUUGCUAUGGAGGCAAAUCUAGCUGAACCUGGCUACUCUCUCGAGCUUUCAUCACCUGUUCCUAUUGGCUAUCCAAGAGCAACACUUAAAUUCCCACUUGGAGAAGUUUCAGUACAAGAGAAAGAAGUGGAGGAGGAGGAGAAGAGCAAGCGAAUAAUAUCUGUUAACGGGAUCCUCAAACGUCGAGCUAUGGAUGGUGUUUGUUCUGCUCUCUACACUGAUGAAGAGUUGAGGCUGAGAUAUGCUUAUAAGGAUGAAGCAUUGUCUUUCAUUCCAACCAUCUCCCUUCCUUCAAAUGCUGUUUCAUUUGCAUUCAAGCGCCGGUUUAGCCCUUCUGAUAAGUUGAGCUACUGGUACAAGUUUGAUUCAAACAUGUGGAGUGCAGUGUACAAACGCACAUAUGGUAAAGACUACAAGUUCAAAGCUGGCUAUGAUUCUGAUGUACGCCUUGGCUGGGCAUCUCUCUGGGUAGGGGAAGAAGAUGGAAAAGUAAAAGCGACGCCAAUGAAGAUGAGAGUGCAGUUCAUGCUCCAAGUUCCACAAGAUGACAUCAAAACCUCAGUCUUGAUGUUCAGAGUUAAGAAAAGAUGGGACCUUUGAUUGUAAAAAUCUUUUCAAAACCUUUGAUUGUUUCUUCUCUCUGUAAGAAAACGGAUCUAUAAGUUGACUUGUCUGAUAAUAAUAUCUUUUGCAAAA